CUCUGUAUAGCUCCGCUCCAAUAGUUAUGUAGCAAAGCGUUGCAGUGCUCUUUAAUACUCUACAUCACUGACAUGUAGUGGGUUGUAGAUGUAUAGUCACGGGAGGAGAACAAAAAAGUGUUGGUUGGCUAAAUCGAAUUCUUUGUAGGGCGCAGACCGUCAACGGGUUGCCUAUGCGACGGGGAUACAGGGGACUUCAGGCUUAAUGAUAGAUGGCGUUACAAUACAUCAAACGCAUGUUAAUAACGGAUUCAUGAAUAAGAAAUAUGAAGGAGAUAUUAUGAAAGAAGGGUACGGCGGGUUUGUUCCAUAAUGUGUGAUUACUGGCGAGCGGUAGAAGAGGACAAAGCGAUGCUGCGAGGUCCGUGCAGUGCGCUAGUCUAGCCAGACGGGGUUGAAUAGAUUUCCGGAGGUAGAGCCACUCAGAUCAGCUGCGGUAGCCUACCAACAGUAUCAUUGCGGGAAUUGCUUUUCACUAGCUACACAUGGAAUACGGAGAUUAUCAAUAAGGCAUCCACAACGAUACAGGUAUGGGCGAUGGGACUCGCUGCGGCGGUGCUAUGCCGAACCUCUGUGUCUUUGUCUUACUGGUGGUCAUUGCCUGCCAUCCGAGCCUUUCCCAGACUGUAGCAGGAACCCCUGAAGAACCCCUGAAAGAGGCAGAGCGAAAUGACAACAUCACCAUCUUCACCCGGAUACUGGACAGACUGCUGGACGGCUAUGACAACAGACUGCGUCCUGGACUGGGAGAGAAGGUGACAGAGAUCAAGACAAACAUAUUUGUGACCAGCUUCGGCCCAGUAUCGGAUACUGAAAUGGAGUACACCAUCGACGUGUUCUUCAGACAGAGCUGGAAGGACGAGCGUCUCCGUUUCCAGGGUCCCAUGGAGAUGCUGGCCCUGAACAACCUGCUGGCCUCAAACAUCUGGACCCCGGACACCUUCUUCCUGAACGGGAAGAAGUCCAUCGCCCACAACAUGACCACGCCCAACAAACUGCUGAGGCUACAGGACGACGGCAAUCUGCUUUACACCAUGAGGUUGACCAUCUCAGCAGAAUGCCCCAUGCAGCUGGAAGACUUCCCCAUGGAUGCACAUGCCUGUCCUCUCAAGUUUGGAAGCUAUGCCUAUCCCGUGUCUGAGGUGGUGUAUACAUGGACCAAGGGGGCAGAGAAAUCAGUGGUGGUGGCAGAGGAGGGAUCACGACUCAACCAGUAUCAUCUGAUUGGACAGACUGCAGGCACUGAGGACAUCUAUACCAGUAGAGGUCAGUACACAGUGAUGAUGUGCCACUUCUAUCUCAAGAGAAAGAUCGGCUACUUCGUCAUCCAGACCUACAUGCCCUGCUUCAUGACCGUCAUCCUGUCUCAGGUGUCCUUUUGGCUGAACCGGGAGUCUGUCCCCGCCAGGACCGUCUUUGGUGUGACCACGGUCCUCACCAUGACCACCCUCAGCAUCAGCGCUCGUAGCUCCCUGCCCAAGGUGGCAUAUGCCACGGCCAUGGACUGGUUUAUCGCCGUGUGCUAUGCCUUCGUCUUCUCCGCUCUCAUCGAGUUCGCUACAGUCAACUACUUCACCAAGAGGAGCUGGGCCUGGGACGGCAAGAAAGCAAUGGAGGAUACGCGCAAGAAAAAGGACCCUAUGGCUUUGUCAAAAAAGCCCAACAACACCUGCCCAGGUGGGCCGAACUACAACCCCAACCAAAUCAAGGACUCGUCCAUCUCCACCAUCUCCAACACCGCCGCCGUGCCGCUGAAGCCGGCGGAGACAAAGACCCCUGACCCGAAAAAGACUUACAACAGCGUCAGCAAGAUUGACAAGAUGUCCCGGAUAGUGUUUCCUGUGCUCUUUGGGACCUUCAACCUGGUCUACUGGGCUACCUACCUCAACAGGGAGCCUGUGAUCAAAGGAGCAGUGAACCCCUAUUCAUAGGUACCAAACGGCAGCCUAGCCCCUAGGUUGCGCACUACUUCUGACCAGGCCUCGUAGGGUUACGGUUAGGGUCUACAGGGUUCCUGGUCAGAAGUAGUGCACUACAUAGGGAACAGGGAGCCAUUUGGGACGUAGGGGCUCCUGUCUCACCUCAGCCAGUACAGCCAUACUGUUGGAUAUACUAGACCAACCGCCCACCCGCCCGCAAUCUUAUCAAACACAAUGCAAAGCACUUAAUCCUUUAUUCUAAUCAUCGUGGAUUACCAGGACAGUUCCCUUGUUGUCAUAUCAACAGUGACUGCAUGAUUAUUGAGCUAUAACAAGGAAACAGUCAUAGAAAUAUAAUCUAUAGAAGGGGCUUAUAGUCUAUAACCCUGGCAAUUUGACUUGUAAAUGCAUGGUUGGACUCCAUAUCGUUGCUCUGCUGUUAGGAUGCAAUGCCUUUCUAUAGAUUAUAUUUCUAUAGGGAAAGUGUUAUCUCUUUCCACUAUAGGAUACUCCCUAUUUUACUUUCUAAAAGCUUUGUUUAAUUUCACUCAUGUUUCACGUUUCUAGAGUGCCAGUCAUCCCUGGUGAUAAGUUUCUCUGACCGAGAACAUUUAGCAUUUGGCAUAUAUAGUUUUUCUUCCUUGGUCGUGACAUUUUUGUGUUUCUGAAAGUACAGAAAGGCCAAAUGCUAUGCAAAACAAUGUUUCUACUUCUGGUUCUACUGUUAUUCUUAUGAUACUAUGAAACCUAUUUACUUUUGCUUCUACUGUUAUUCUACUACUACGAUACCAGCUUUUCCCUUUGAAACUCCUGGUCUGCGGCCUAAGUGACCCCCUAUUCCCUCCACAAUGCCCUACUGUUGACCAGAGCCCCAGGGGCCUUGCUCAGCAUCAGAGCACUAUAUAGCCUAGGGAAUAAGGAGACAUUUGGGAUGCAGACCUGCUUUGUAUAAAAUGGGCUGAGAACUCCCUACUGUGUGUUCAACAUGGAGAAGAAGAAGAAGACAUGCUGAAUGUGUUGCCUUCAGAGUUGAAACCACUCGUGGAUGCACUUACGUUUCCUGCAAUUACUUUUUCAAAAAAUCCAUUGCUUUCUAUGGCCAUGACAGCUAUGUUGUGUGACUAAAUAGCCAUUUACAGUGAAAGUUUGAAAGAAGUGACAUUGACCUGUGAAGUACUGUAGUAGACAGCUCCAGGCUUGCCGAGGCUCCAUGUGUUUGGAAUGAAAGACUUUUGGAAAAAAGAAAUAAUACAAUGCUCUGCUGCUUUUAGCUUGACUAGGCUCCAUAAAACUACUACGUUAGCUUGGAUUAGGGUUGCAAAGUUCAGGUAGGUUUCCAAGGUUUCCCACACAAUCUUACUUGGAGGAAUUAUCACUGAUUUCCUGAUUCUAGGAAUAAUUCAACAGGGAUUUAGGGAUAACCAGGGAAUUUUGGAAAAGCUACCAGCAUUUUACCACUCUAGCUUUGAUGUAACGCUAUCUGCAGGUACAGGAAAAUGGAGUUAGGCUUUUGCUUCGAUGACUGGAGAUGCCAUUAGGGCUUAAGUCAAAAGUAAUGUACAACAAAGAGCAAAUGGGGGCAAUUAUGGAUGUCACCGACAGGUGAUUGUCUGAAAAGCUCAACGCCUAGCAGCUUAAACAGCUUUUUCAGAUUUAAGGGUGUUUGGGCUCUUUGAGACUUCGUUUUACAUUCAACUGUUUAUUUAUCUUCAUUCCGACUUCUUGAUAACUGUUUUGUUCUUUCCUGUGCGCAUUGAUAAUUACAGUAUAUUUAUGAAUCAAACUUUUUGAUGCUUUUGGAAUAAAAAGUUUACAUAUUUCUCUUCAUGUUUCUUAGGUUGUUAACUGUAUUUGACAAGUAGAGUAUCGUGUAAAUUGAAUGAAAAAGGAUGCAUCUCAAAAUCAUUCAAUAGCCUUGUUACCUUUAAAGAUGGAAUCGCAGUAAGGGCCUGCCCAACGGACAAUGUUGUUAUUGUUUUGUUGAGAAUGUAGAGCUGCGGAGAGUUGAGCAUAUUGGUAAACAAACAAUAUAUGCACAUGCGGCAAUUCUAUAGAAUGUGCAAUGAGGUCAGAGCAGUCAUGUCAGGAGAAAAAAAACAUUUGUACUUACUGAAAAUUCUUUGUAAGUGUAACAUCUCAAUCUGAUGAGGCCAUUUCACCAUAAUGGAUUCCAGCUUUAACAUUGGAAUGAUGAGAGAACAUUGACGGAAACAGUUAAUUAUUCAAAAUCACCUGUCUAUCUUGAUUGUCAGACAAUGAAUGCUUUGUGAAAGUGCUUUUUACUGUGUUUCUAAGUGCAAUUUGUUUAUUUUUUAUUCACACUGACUUUGUUUCCCAAACGUGCUCAGUGUUCAGCAAUUGUUGUCAAUGAUGGUUUUCCAAUAUAAUUUUUAUAAGUGGAUUGAGCACUGAAGAUUCUCUCCCACUAAAUGAAAGAGCAGGAUGUGGAAAAUACAAUGACAACAUAACGUAACAUCUGCACAAAGGAUGGGUUUAGAAUUGAUCAAAGUAGAAGAUAUUCUAGAAGAAAUUAAAUUUCUAGAUGCACUGACAAUAGUUCUGUUGCUACAGGACCAAUCCACCCAUUCUGCAAGGAGGAAGCUUACUAUUACAUUUCAAUUGAUUUGUGUCAAUCUGUCCUUUUCUGCAAACCAAUGCCUCUUAUCUCUGAAGCAAUAAAUACAUGCCUGAUAUGAUGUCUCUGGA